UCGAUCUGUCCCACGAUCUCGUCUCGUCCAAGCCGCCACACCCUCGCCUUGCUCCAUCCACUCGUCCACGGGAGAAAAGACAACCCUAGCGGCGCCCCGGGCCGGCAGCAAGCAGCAGCUUAGGCGAGGCCGCGAGGGUGCGACGGCCAGCAGCAGCGAGCGCGGGGGCGGCACCGCGGCGGCCAGCAGGAGCUUCGAGCGCGCGUGGGGGCGGGGGCCUCUUCCAGGUGGGCAGCAGGAGGGCGCGCUGUUCCCGGCCGCCAGAAAGAGAAGAUGGACAGGAAGGGGAAAGGAAUGGCAAAGAAGAAGGGCAUAGAUUUGAAGAGAUACUUUGAGGUACUUGGUGGCAGUCGCAGCAGCUCCAACUCCAAUCCAAGUACCCGGGAAAGUGGCAAUGCUCUGGGCCAAUCUGUUCAUCAAAAUCAAGCAAGUACCGUGGAAACAGAGAAUGCAAAUUCUUUGCCCUCUCAACAAGUGGAAGAAGAGAUUCCAGAUUCCGUGGAAGCCAUAGUUGAGGAGAAUGUUGAGGUUCUAGGAGAUGAAGGUAUAACGUGUGAGGUUUCAGAUUCCAUGGAAGCAAGUACUGAUGAAGUACCGUUGCCUGGGUCUUCUACGCGCCAUUAAAACUUGCCUGGGUAUGUUUUAGGUUGUUCGUCUAUUUAAAAUGUGUUUGCAUUUUCAUUUUACUUGGCUAUUCUGUUUAGGAUUAUAUGAAAAUAUUGGUGUGCACUGUUGGUUCGUAUUAUUUAUGUUGG